AUGUCUAGCUUCGUAAGCAUUAUGGGAAUUAGCAUGAAGAUGGACUUUCGUUUUGUUGCUUCUCGUAUAAACAAGCCACUGUACGAUAAUGAAGAAAAUGGAUAUCACAAGAAAGUUAAUGGCGUUCGCCAGCGUACGGACCAAGUUAUUCAAGAAUUACAAACUUAG